ACCGGAAGUUGUAUUUUAUUUUGUAGUUAUUGUGACUAUUCUAUUGGAGUUGAACCAUAGACUUGAACGAGGCGUUUUAUCCUGCUGUGUUUUUUAGGUGUUCACAACAUGAGAAAAAACCUGUACGAUAUCUGACAGUGUGCUGUGACCUCCAGCCAUGGAUUCUGCACUUGAAAGGCAUUGCUCAGAGCUGGUGGCCCGGGAGAGGAGCGGACACACGGCUGUGGUGGAGGAAAACCUGCUGUAUGUGUGGGGAGGUUACAUGUCGGUUGCUGACGAUGAAGUUUUCCUACCCAAUGAUGAAAUCUGGGUAUAUGACUUAGAACAAGGUGUAUGGGAAGUGUUUCACAUGUCAGGGGACGUCCCUCCCUCUAUGUCUGGGACAUGCGGCUGCUUCCUGAACGGACACAUGUACAUAUUUGGAGGUUGUGAUGACAAUGGACAGACCAAUCAGAUCUAUUGUGUCAACCUGACAGACGGUAAAUACACAUGGAGGAAGAUCAUGCAUGAGAUCGGUUCUGCACCCUCACCUCGAGACAAACUGUCCUGCUGGGUUCAUAAUGGAAGGAUUAUCUACUUUGGAGGAUAUGGUCACAAACUACUGACUGACGUCGAUAGCAGGAACAGAAGCUUCAUUGUAGAUGAAGCUUCAUGGGUGGAAGAUGUCUUCUGGGGAUGGAACAAUGAGGUUCAUAUAUUUGACCCCAUGCAUGCCAGCUGGAGUGAACCACAGACCCAUGGCCGUGCUCCCGCCCCCAGGGCCGCCCACGCCAGUGCCACAAUCGGAUGUAGAGGAUAUGUUUGUGGAGGCAGGGUCAUGGAAACUCGGACGAGUGACAUUCACUGCCUGGACCUUGAAUCAUGGACGUGGUCAGAAAUAAUCCCAGUGUCCACCUCUCCUGUGGGCAGAUCGUGGCACACGCUUACAGCAGUAUCAGACAACAACUUGUUCCUGUUUGGAGGUCUUAGUGUAGACUGCAAACCUAUGAGUGAUGGCUGGUUGCUUGAUGUUGAAACAAAGAAAUGGAGAGAAGUCGAGCAUCCUUUUAAGAACAAGCCACGGUUGUGGCACACAGCGUGUCCAGACAAAGACUCUGAUGUGAUUGUGUUUGGUGGAAGUUGUGACUACAUACUCCUUGUCGACACCGGUCACUGCAAUGAUGCACUUGUUUUCCAGAUGCAGCCCUAUCCUCUAUUCAGGAUUUGUGGGGAUUACAUUGCAAAGAAUGUGAGGAACCAUGAGAUGCUCAGAAAUCAGCUUCCUCUCCUACCUCCCAAACUAUUGACAGCUGUGCAGAGGAGGAUGUCUUUCUACAGGCCUUCAAAGAAGCAGAAAUAUUAGUUACAACAAUGUCUUAAUAAUUGCCAGAAACAAUGCAAAUAAUGUUUUAUUUAUGUACUGUAUUCUCCCCAGUGUGAACAUCUCAGUCACACUGUGGGGUAGCCUUUUUAUUUUUUAUUGUUAAAAACAUUUUACAGUGUUAAUAUUUAUUUAUUUUACAGAUGCACAUUUUAUCUUGUAUAGUCUGGCUGCGGAAAUACUCUUACAAACUGUUCCUGUGGUGAUUGUGAUGAUUAAAUGGCACAUUGAACAGU